AUGAAGCUUUCAAGCUUUUUUGUUCUAGCCAAAGUUGGCUUUUCGGAAGAUUUGGCUGAGUUUGACGCGCGAUGCCCUGACUUGGAACUUGGCCAGCAGUGUGAUAAUGAAUGCUCACUGGUUUUUGUUGACUGUCGGAAUAAUUGUCCUGAUCAUCUUUGUGAAAAUCAAUGUCUGAUUGAGUUCACAGAAUGCGUCUCGGAUUGCCCCUGUGGACAGAAUUGCCCAAAUGGAUGCCAGAACUGCGAAAACCCCCUCUGCACAACUUGUGAUAACUUAGAAACGGACUUUGAAUUUCAGCAAUGCAAAGUAAUUGCGCUAGAAGAAUUCGACCACUGCGCGAUGAAUUGUUUGAACAACUGGGGCUGCAUCGAUAAUUGCUACAAUCGACAAAUCUUGCAAGGGUUUUCUCAAUGCAAAUGCUUUGACGAGAUUCCAUCAAAGUCAACCGAUUAUCUAACCAUACUAUCGGAAAAUUCGAACUAUCGACCUAAUCUCGGCUAUGUUACUCAUGUCGACGGCGUGUACUCUGGGUUCGUUCGUUAUCCGUAUAAGUGGACGCAGCUUUUUGAUGGAACAAAGACAACUCUUUCAAAUUACGAUACUUAUGCGGACCAUGAAUAUGGCUGUAUGGCUCACUUGAAUAAUCAACCUGUUGCAAUUGGAGGAGACGGCGGAAAUUAUGUGGAAUUACUUAGAUCAAACGGGUGGACUCGUCUUAACUCGCAUCCAAUAGAUACACAUUAUGCAGGAUGUCUAGGAUUUGGUCACGAUAUGGUCACGAUCGGGGGCGACGGAGGAAAGAACAGAGUCUAUAAAUAUAGUGGCCAAUCCGGGACCUGGUCAUUAUUGGGAUAUUUGCAACAGUAUCAUAUGUACAAUUCUGUUAUUGAAUUGAACGGUUAUAUCUACAGUACUGGAACAAACUACUGGCGACGAAAUAGCAAAAACGAAAAGAGUGCUGAUGCAACCGAAGAUGAUUCUGAUGACUCUGAUGACUCUCGUCGCUACUAUACAACUGUUUCUCCUACAGGAGAUGCCGGAAUAGAGCGAAUCCAAAUCUUCGAUUCGAGCAUUUCAUCUGAAAUCAUCUCUAUGCAUGAUUCGUACGGUCAUUGGCGCCCAGUUCUCUUCCCGACUGGCCAGUUCGACUGCUCAACACCGGUUUCGAAUCCGGGCCAGCAGUGUGAUACUGAAUGCUCUGAGGUUUUCGUUGAUUGUCGCAACAACUGUCCUGACCAUCUUUGUGAGAAUCAAUGUCUGAUUGAGUUCACAGAAUGCGUCUCGGAUUGCCCCUGUGGACAAAAUUGCCCAAACGGAUGUCAGGACUGCGAAAACCCCCUCUGCACAACUUGUAAUAAUUUGGAAAUGGACUUUGAAUUUCAGCAAUGCAAAGUGAUUGCGCUAGAAGAAUUCGACCACUGCGCGAUGAAUUGUUUAAACAACUGGGGCUGCAUCGAUAAUUGCUACAAUCGAGAAAUCUUGCAAGGCUUUUCGCAAUGCAAAUGCUUUGAUGAGAUUCCAUCAGAGUCAACCGAAUACCUCACCGUACUAUCGCAAAACUGGGAUACACAUCAUGCAGGAUGUCUAGGAUUCGGUCAAGAUAUGGUCACGAUCGGGGGAAACGGAGGAACGAACAGGGUCUAUAAAUAUAGUGGUCAAUCUAGGACCUGGUCAUUAUUGGGAUAUUUGCAGCAGAACCAUAUGUUCAAUACUGUUAUUGAAUUGAACGGUUACAUCUACAGUACUGGUACAAACAACUGGCGACGAAAGAGCAAAAACGAAAAGAUUUCUGAUGCAAGCGAAGAUGAUUCUGAUGACUCUGAUGAUUCUCGUCGGUACUAUACAACCGUUUCUCCUCAAGGAGAUGCCGGAAUAGAGCGAAUCCAAAUCUUCAAUUCCAGCAUUUCAUCUGAAAUCAUCUCUAUGCAUGAGUCGUACGGUCAUUUCCGCCCAAUUCUCUUCUCGACUGGCCAGUUCGACUGCUCAACACCGGUUUCAAAUCGCACAGAAAACUCAUUGUAG